AUUAAACUUCACACUUGGAGGGGUUUAUUUUGGAGGAUUUCGACAAUUACAGAAGCGCUUGUAGCCGAUUGGCAGCGUUAAGGAGUCACGAGCCACAGGAAGGGAUGAAGAACUAACAGACGCGACAGCAGUCCCUCGGUGAAGACAAAGAGGAAAAAGAAACCAAGAUGGCGUCACAGAAAGGGAAGCACCCAGACGGCAACAGUGGCCAAUCGGACAGUAGAUUGAAGAACAAGAAGCCACCCAGCCUGGUGAUUGCAAUCCCACCUAACGAGGAUCAAGAAAGAACCAUCUCAGAGGCAAAGCCAUUAAGACCAUCAGUAAAGAAAAGUGUCAGUGUGCAGCAGUCACAUGAGGAAUUGUCAGACAGCGGGGCGACCGAGAGGAGAGCGGCGUUCCACAGACAGACAUCUCUCUCUCAGAGCAUUCGCAGGAACACGGCACAGUGGUUCGGCGUCGGUACGGACUGUGAAAGUCAGCAGCAGGUGUGGCAGAGGAAGAGUCUGCGCCACUGUAGCCUGCGUUAUGGCCGUCUGAAACCUCAGUACAGAGACCAACCGGAGGGAGCGAGCAUCGACCACAGCCUCGACUCGCCUGUCACUCACAAGAUGCCAAAGAUUGUGGACCCUCUGGCCCGUGGACGUCAAUUCCGUUACGAUGAAGUGGACCGGCCAAGGACACCACAUGUUGCUCAUGCUCCUCCCCCUCAGACCCCAGGUGUCUCCUCCCUGUGCUCCUUCACCAGUCAGCGUUCCACUCACUCCCGGUUUCCACGUAGGAAGAGAGAGUCUGUGGCCCGCAUGAGCAUCCGUGCAGCCUCCAACCUUCUCAGGGGUCGGCCUGGCCUGCAUAGCACUCAGAUGCCUCGGAGUUUCCCCCGGAGGAGUUUUGUUCGGCCCAGCUGGAUGGAGGAGGACACGGUGGACACAGCAGACACCUCGGACUCGGUCUUCUUUAGCAAGAUGGAUGUGCAUGAGGACUUUUACUCUAUGGCAGAUGACGUGUUUGAGUCCCCGCCCUUAUCCGCUUCGUUGGCUGUGGAUGGUUUGGUAGAUGAAGCAGGACGCUACCCUAGCUUUAAGGAUAUCAGCCGUGCUCCAGCUGCGAUUGUAAGCCCCGCCCUUCGGCGCGGAGGCCGAAUUGCGUCCCGAGUAAAGCACUUUGCCUUUGAUAAGCACAAGCGUCAGUACGGCCUGGGCGUAGUGGGGAACUGGCUGGACCGUCACUAUCGGCGGAGCCUGAGCAGCCAAGUGCAAAAACAGCUGAAUGACUUUCACAGCCACAGACCGUAUUUUACCUACUGGAUCACCUUUGUGCACAUCGUCAUCACUCUGCUGGCCUGCUGUACGUACGGCUUCGCUCCGAUUGGCUUCGCCCAGCACACCAUCACUCAGCUAGUGCUAAAGAACAAAGGGGUGUAUGAGAGUGUGAAGUAUGUUCAGCAGCAGAAUUUCUGGAUCGGCCCAGGAUCCGUAGACCUGAUCCACCUGGGAGCAAAGUUUUCACCCUGUAUUCGACGAGACAUAAAGAUAGCCGAGCGCAUGCAGCAUGACAAAUAUGAGGAAAAAGAGUCUGGCUGCUGUGUGCAAAAUGAUAAUUCCGGAUGUGUACAGACGCACCGGAAAGACUGCUCGGAAACAUUGGCCACCUUCAUUAAAUGGAACAAGGAGGAUGUUGAUAUCAUUCGCACCUCAGGGGCGGUGUGCCAUCAGGACCCCAGGACAUGUCAGGAGCCUGCCUCAGCAGAGCCACAUGUUUGGCCUGACGACAUCACGCAGUGGCCAAUCUGUACAGACAAAGGCACAUGGAACCACACGGGUUACCGGCACAUGGACUGCACCAUCAGGGGUCGUCCAUGCUGCAUCGGGACCCAAGGAAGAUGUGAGAUCGCCACGCGGGAGUACUGUGAAUUCAUGCAUGGCUACUUCCAUGAGGAGGCCACGCUCUGCUCUCAGGUUCAUUGUCUAGAUGAGGUGUGUGGCCUGCUGCCGUUUCUGAACCCAGAGGUUCCGGACCAGUUCUACCGGCUUUGGCUUUCUCUCUUCCUCCAUGCAGGUCUCCUGCACUGCCUGGUGUCCGUAGUCUUCCAGAUGACCAUACUCAGAGACCUGGAGAAACUUGCAGGCUGGUUACGCAUCUCCAUCAUCUACAUCUUCAGCGGGAUCACAGGAAACCUAGCCAGUGCUCUCUUCCUGCCGUACAAAGCAGAGGUGGGUCCAGCAGGUUCUCAGUUCGGCCUGCUAGCGUGCCUGUUUGUGGAGCUCUUUCAGGGCUGGCAGAUGUUGGAGAAGCCAUGGAAUGCUUUCCUGAAGCUGCUAGGACUCGUCCUCUUCCUCUUCCUCUGUGGCCUGCUGCCUUGGAUCGACAACAUCGCCCACAUCUUCGGCUUCCUCAGCGGCUUGCUGCUGUCUUUCGCCUUUCUGCCUUACGUCACCUUCGGCACCUUCGACAAGUACCGCAAGCGCGUGCUCAUCAUCCUGUCACUGCUCGUGUACGUGGGCCUGUUCUCCUCGCUCAUCGUCUGGUUCUACAUCUACCCCAUCAACUGGAAUUGGCUCGAGUAUCUCACCUGCAUCCCCUUCACCAGCAAGUUUUGCGAGCGCUACGAUAACGACCCAUUAGGCCACUAAGACUAGAGCGGUUUUGCUCAUUCGCUAGCCAGAGGACAGAUGGUUUGCUGCCGCUGUGGUGUAUGCAAAUCCUUGCCACUACAAUGUUGACCGUGUGGUGCUCUGGCAAUCCUGUGACCAUGCUACUGCAGUAAUGCAAGGUGAUGCGUCUCUAGAAGCCAAAUACUGCAAAAGAAGGUCCCGGGGGAUUACGGAAGCCAACUUACUAUACAAAUUAUUCAUGCGCCACUGGUGGUACUGCUGAAGUUUUGGGGCAUUAUCAAGUCAGAGAAACGGUGAUGUGUGGAGAACUUGUAUUGCGGGAGGUUUUGUUAUGAUCUUUGUACGACUGAUGCACACAUUUCUUAUUGACACUAAAUACUACAUCAGGGUAUGCCCUGGUCAACCUUGCUUUAAACUAUUAUUGUUUUAUUUGAGUGCCAUGUUAUUACACUAUAGAACACUGUAGCGGGUAAAGAAUUAUGCCUGUGUCUAUUUUACCUAACCUAUGUUGACUCAAAUAAGGCUGGUGUCGCAUUAAUUAUAUGAGGUGUGAAUACAUCCUGGAUUGGCUACCAGUCCAUACACUCAUUCGGAGUUAUGGACAUGAUCACGUGGAGAACAUGUGAAACUAAACCCAAGCUCAGGGUCCAUGUGGGGAACCUGGAGGUGUGAGGCAACAGCACUACCCCCUGCACUGCCAUUCUGUUGGUGUUGCUUUCUAAACCAAAUACACUUUUCUUGCCACUGGGAUAGUGCUCGCACGUCUUUUGUUCUAGUGUACCUUACCCUAAGACCUAAUUAAAGGUACAAGACUGGUCCUUUGAGGUCCAGUUAUGUUUCGGAAAUUGUUUUAAAGGUUCGGUGCAUUUACGUCAUUAUGUAAAAGGUACAGAAGAUGAACCCUUGAGGGUACAACCUCAGUGAAAAGGAAAGGUGCAGUUUUUCUUUUUAUGCCUUCCUUCCUUGUUUGUCAUCCAGAGAUGAUUCUUACAUCUUCGUAUACAGGAACACAAAGCCUAAUUUUUUUGGCUAAGGUCUGUUCAUCCAUCUGUUUAUCUAUCUGAGAUACUUGUUGAUAUGAUAGGUCAAGAACGAGGAGUUUGAAGGUGUGUGAUCUUUCGGGGAUAUUUCCUCAGGUUUUGAUAAUAUUGGCUUUACAUUUCACAUAAUAAUUUACAAUAUAAUUUGCCUUGUAUUAUCAGAACCACUUGUACCACAGCACUGUUGAAUUCUCCAUUCUGAUUGGUCAGAAGGUGUUGAUUUCUUUCACAGCACGACUCCCAGUAGUUUCAGCUGCGAUGUUUAAAUCAACAUGCUUGUUCUAAUGUUAUUGUUUCCAUAAUAACUACUUACACAGGGACUUUGAUGGACACUCCUCAUAAAUGUAUUUAACAAAGGAGACUAUUAUUUAACGCUUUUGGAAGGAGUCUCCAGUGUUGGCGCGUUGUACCAGUUAAAGCCGUUCCUUUACGUUUUCUCGCAUGUUUUCAGGAUUUGCUGUUUUUUAGUUAACUUUCAUAGAGAGACGAAAGAGAGGUAGGCGAGGGAACAACUGCUGUUAUAACUUCGUGGUUACAAAAAUUUUUGUUCCACAACCUUAAAUACGGCUAUAACGGUACCACUUUUUGAUUUGUUA